UGAUUUUUUAACGAUCUAAUGUAAUUUUUUUCUCUUAAGAUUAGUUUUUUUUUUAAUAAUUACAAAUCGUUAAAAUGGACUUCUUUUAUCGUAAAUCUCUUUCUGUUAAUGUGAGACGACUUCGUUAUUCUGAUAUUUAUAAUCAGAUAUUUAUCAAUUGUUCCGUGUGCUGGUGAUGUUGUGAUAAUUUUUGCGCGGAUAUUAAUUUAAGCUCAUAUAAGCAUGAACUGAUGCUCUAUUUAUUUUUAGUAAAGAUAAAUUAAUGCGCGUCGGGCACAAACAUGGUCUAAUUGUUACUGUUAAAAUAACUAAUAUUAAUAAAUAAUAAAUGAUGAUAACGGUGUGCUAAAGCAAGUUUACGACUUUUGGAAUUAGAAGAAACGCUAUAAAAAUCAAAAUAAUUAACUACGUACAACCCAAAAAAUGGGCUUGGGAGGCCAGGACUGCGUUGCGAACGAGAAUGGAAUCCCGUUGCCUGAAGAGGUCCGCAAAGCAGCUCUGGAAGAAUUGAGAGAAGAUGAAAAUAUUAAACAACAAUCACUCGAUCAGAUGAAAGAAUGGAUUAAUAAACAUCCCAACAUUAAAAGAUGUCGAACAGAUAACAAAUUUCUUCUCCGAUUUCUUCGAACUAAAAAAUUUAGUGUUCCACUUGCUUGCGAAAUGUUAGAACGUUAUUUGAUAAUAAGACAGCUUUAUCCGGACUGGUUUAAAAACUUAGACUACGAAGAUAAAGACUUAAAAGAAAUAAUAGAUAAUGGAUACAUUGUUCCCUUGGUCGAUAGAAUCGAUGGAAAGCUGGUCAUUUUUAGUGCAGCUGAUAAAUUCGACCCCUAUAAGUAUACAGCGGCGCAUAUGAUCAGGGUGCAUAGUUUAGUUAGCGAGGCACUUAUGGAUGAUGAACUUAAUCAAAUUUACGGAUACGUUUAUAUUAAUGACGUAGCUGGAUUCCAAAUGGGACACAUUUCUUUAUGGUCUUUGAAGGAUGUUAGAAAUAUCUUCCAUUGCGUUCAGAAUUCCUCCCCUAUGAGACAUAAAGCUAAUCAUUUUAUAAACAUGUCACCUGCCGCCGCUAAACUUAUAGAAUUUGGAUUAACUUUUCUAAAUGAUAAAUUAAGAAAUAGAACUUUUAUAAAUCCGUCUUUAGACGCCUUACAUGAGAAAAUCGACCCGAAAAUUCUUCCUAAAGAAUAUGGUGGUGUAGUUCCUUUGAGCGAACUCACGGAAAAAUUGAAAACCUUACUAAAAGAAAGGCGAGAACAAGUGUUAUCGUUAGACGACAUGUAUAUUGAAAUAGAUGAAAGAGAAUGCAAACUGGUAUCGGAGAUGAACGAAGAGUUAGGGGUGGGUUUGGAAGGAAGUUUUAAGAAGCUUACCGUUGAUUAAUCAUAUCUAGUCCAUUUCUUUUGAUUUUCAUUAUAUUAUGUGACCUCGAACUCGAAUACUAAUAAUAGAUACUAAAAAGAAUAAAAAUCCAUGAUAAUCAUCACUUGAUCUGAAUUAUUAAACCACUGCUGAACUUUUUGAUUUAUUAACUACGAUUUUUAUGAUUUCGUUUACUUUGCAUGAUGUCUAUCUAACACUAUCUACACUUUAUUUCCUAGAAAUAUUUGACUGUUACCAAAUUGAAAAUUUAUUAUUUAUUUCUUUUUUCAUUUUAUUUCUGUCUCCUUUACUUAUCACUGAAUAUAACUUGAUUUCGAUAUUCUGUGACACUUUUUUCUAAAUUUCUUUAUCUUACUUUGUUUCGUACUUUCCGGAUCGAAAGAGUAAUCGGGUCUUUGCAAUCAAAUUUUAAGUCCCGGACCAUUCCCGAAAAUGGUCCCGAAAUGGAAAUAUGUAAUAUUUCUUCUACAAAAAAUUUUUAUUAAAAAAGAUAACGCUUUAUGGAAACCAAGUAUUUUUACGUGAUAGUAAUAGUAAUUACAUUCAUUAUCAAAAAAAUAUGAAAUGUUAAACAAUAAGACCUAAUGCCGACAAAUUCUUUCGGGACUAUUUAUGGAACCCAUUUUUGGACAAAAUCCAGGGACAAUUUCGAGAUCAAAUACCGCAACUGGAAACCUUAUUUUUUACUCCGUAACUUUCAAUUUAUUUUGUGGUGAUAUGAAUAAUAUUGAUGAUACUAUUGUGAUAAUUUUAUAGUUGAAACUUUUUCUCUCUUUCUUGUACUUCUAUUCUGUCAUCUCUCACAACUUUUCGUCGAUAUAGUUUUUUGUAAUAGCAUUAUUUUUUAAGAUAUAUAUUGAAAAAUAGGCAUUUGUUGGUGCGGAAGUAGAUAUGUAUAAAACACGUCGAUAUGUAAUAAUAAUAAAGUUAAUGCUAAAUAUUAAGAACUUAAACGUACCUUCUUUCUUAAAAAAAUUACAAUAUGCAAAAAAUAUUGU